CACCACCAACCCACAACCACGUUUCUUUGCACCACAAACCAACAUCAAAUCACUAACAUCAACUUCCCAAUUAACACAAACAACAAUAAUGAAACUAAUCCAGUAAACAAUCACCCACCUUGUUCAAAUAAGGAAAAAAAAUCCAAUAUCUUAAUCCAACAUUAAUCACAUCAAUCAAAAAAAAAAUCAAUAAAAAAUUCAAAAACAAAACCAAAAAAUCAGAAAUCAAUUUUGGAAUUUUCACUCUCAAUUCAUAUAAAAAAAUUCAAAUUGUAGGGGUUUGGGUUUCACUACUAUCAUUAGUAUUGCAAUUAGUUGGGGUUUUGAGGUGGUUUUAGGCCAAAUAGGGCAGCGACGGGGGUGGGUUGCAGGUGGUCGGAGGAAAAGUUGGAAAGGGAUUGAUUGUGGUUGUGGGGUCGAGGGAAGAAGAAGAUGGAUGGUUGUGUUUGAAGGUAGAAAGGCAUUGAAGAAAGGGAGGAAGAUAAAGAGGGGAAGCCAUUGUUAUGGUUGGGGCUGCCAUGAGUGUCAUCCAUUGAUGUCAGUAAGGAGAUAGGAGGAGGAGAGAUUAAAAGGGGAAAAAAAAACGAAAAAAAAAAACUUACAUGAUCGGUAACCGGUCACGUAGGCUUGUUAGGAGAAAAUAGGUAGUAUUGGAUUAUUCAAGAAUAAUUCAAAGGUGGAUUGUUUUGGGAGAAUAGAGAAAAGGUAGGAUUAUUCUUGUUAAAUUUUCCUAUUUUAUAAAUUAAUCCAACCUAAAAUACAGAAAUUUUUUUAAAAAAUUAUCUGAAAACUUUGUUAGUAAUGCUGCAACCUCUCUCUCCACACUGCUCUUCACCACCAUUUUUACCCAAAAUCCCAAACCAAUUAAACUUCGAGCAACACUACCGCCAUCUCUGCGACCUUCUCCUCACCUUUACCCGCUCUCGGGCACUUCCGAAAGGUCUCCAAAUCCAUGCCCACGUUCUCAAAUUAGGCUUCCAAUCCAUCCCUCUUGUUUCCCACCAUUUGAUCAAUUUUUAUUCAAAAACCCAGUUUCCUGCCUUUUCCCGCCAAAUUUUUGAUGAAGCCCCUUUUAAGGUUUCUACUACCUGGAGCUCGGUUAUAUCUUCUUUUGCUCAGAAUGAGCUUCCUUGUACUGCUCUUGAGUUCUUUUGUAGGAUGAUUGGAACUGGGUUUCGGCCUGAUGAUCAUACGUACCCAAGUGCGAUGAAGUCGUGCGCGAUUUUGGGGAGGGUUGAUGUGGGGAGAUUGGUUCAUGGGGUUGUGAUCAAGACUGGGUAUGAGGAGGAUGUGUUUGUGGGGAGUUCUAUGGUGGAUAUGUAUGCUAAAUGUGGAGAAAUUUGGGAUGCACGGAAGGUGUUUGAUAAAAUGCCUGAGAGAAAUGUAGUGUCUUGGACUGGAAUGAUUUUUGGGUAUGCUCAGUUGGGUGAAAAUGAGGAGGCACUCAAGUUGUUUAAGUAUGCUGUAGUGGAGGGUGUAGAUGUUAAUGAUUUUACGUUCUCGAGUGCGGUUCACGUUUGUGGUAAUUCAACCCUUUUGGAACUAGGGAAGCAAAUUCAUGGCAUGUGCUUGAAGAAGAGUUAUGAUUCGUCGGGGUUUGUUGGGAGUGGUUUGAUCUCGUUGUACUCAAAGUGUGGGAUCAUAGAAGGCGCAUAUCGUGUAUUCGAUGAGGUGAAGACAAAGAAUGUUGGAUUAUGGAAUUCUAUGUUGAUUUCUUGUGCUCAACACGCUCAUUCUUCGAAGGUAUUGGAUUUGUUUCGUAGUAUGGAAAGUGAAGGAACAAAGCCGAACUUUAUCACCUUUUUGUCUUUGCUUUAUGCUUGUAGUCAUGCAGGAUUGGUUAAGGAGGGCCAAUUUUACUUUCAUCGGAUGAAGAAGUAUGGCAUUGAACCAGGGCAUCAGCAUUACGCCACCUUAGUGGAUUUGCUAGGCCGUGCAGGAAAGUUGCAGGAGGCGCUUUCAGUUAUUAAGGAGAUGCCCAUUCAACCAACUGAGUCUGUUUGGGGUGCUUUAUUGACUGGCUGCCGACUACACGGCAACACUGAAUUAGCAGCAUAUGCUGCAGACAAGGUUUUUGAGUUAGGUAAUGUGGGUUCUGGCCUAUUUGUACUGUUAUGUAAUGCCUAUGCAGCAGCUGGGAGACUCCAAGAUGCAGCCAAAGUUAGGAUGAUGCUAAGGGAUAGUGGUAUUAAGAAGGAAACAGGUUUAAGUUGGCUUGAGGAAGGCAACAAGGUUCACACAUUUGCUGCCGGGGACAGAUGUCAUCCGAAAUCCCAGGAGAUAUAUCAGAAAUUGGAAGAAAUAGGGGAGGAAUUGGAGCGAGCUGGCUAUAUAGCUGACACUAGUUUUGUAUUGCAACAAGUGGAUGAUGAUAUCAAAAAACAAACAAUUAGGUAUCACAGUGAGAGGUUAGCAAUUGCUUAUGCGUUGAUCAGCUUCCCACCCGACAGGCCUAUCCGGAUUAUGAAAAAUUUGCGUGUAUGUGGCGAUUGUCACACUGCAAUCAAGUUUAUGUCAAAGUGCACUCGAAGAAUAAUUAUUGUGAGAGACAAUAACAGAUUCCAUAGGUUUGAGGAUGGGAAAUGCUCAUGUGGAGACUACUGGUAAUUGUAUUUUUGUGGCAGCAAACGUGACAUUUGUUGUAUAGAUUUUUUUCACUCACCACAUACAUCUAUAACAAUGUUUCAACGAACAAUUGUGGAGUUGUUUUAAUUAAACAUUCA